UCCAUUGAUACAUUAGAAGUACGUUUUCAGAUCGACUUGUAGACGUUAAUCGAGUAGCAAACUAGCAAUGAACAUGGCGAGAAGUAAUGCACGGUCACCGCCGGUGAAGCUGAUUCAGCUGCUGCUGACACUGUCGUCGCCGGCAGCGGCCAGCAGGGUGAUCACCAAGUGCAGCAAGAACAAGCGGGUGCAGCUGCAGGCCCAACACGGCGGCGCGUUCGAGUGCCGGACGUGCGGCCGCCGGUUCUCCACCUUCCAGGCCCUGGGCGGCCACCGGACCAGCCACAAGCGGCCGCGGGUGCGCGCCCAUGGCCUAGACCUCCUGCUCGGUGCUCGCCCCGGCAAGGCGAGGGCGCCCGUGGAGCACCGGUGUGGCACGUGCGGCCAGACUUUCCCCACAGGGCAGGCGCUCGGCGGGCACAUGCGCCGCCACAGGCCCUUGUCGUCCGUGGCUGCCGUGGCCGCCGCGACAUGGACGACGGAGGAGACCACUGAGACAUUGUCGUCGUCCCCGUCGUCCGGCUUGUCUUCUGAUCGUGAUGACGACGCGUGGCCUACUUUAAUCCAGUUUAUAUAAGGGAGGGAUUAACAAGCUUGGGAUUGAAGUGCAUUGCUCUACGCUUGAGGAAUGCACACUUGCAUGCAUGCGUGCAUGCUCACGCAUUAUUACCUUAGAGAUCUCAUUAUCUUAUACUACGUGUAUAUCGUAAAUGGGUAGCUAGUGAACUAGUAAUCUAUUGUAAAUGGAAAUUACGUGUAUAUAUAUGUGUCAUGUACAGCUAGUGAUGAAGUGAAACGAGUCCCUUUGGGACUACGUUUCGUACCGGUAGGUACAUGCAAAAAUUGCUUGGAGUUUUGGACAUGUUCUUAACAAAUCAAGCAAUUCAAUGCUUAAUUUCUCCAUAU